UUAAAUAUGAAUAGGGACUAGUCACCACUGGCUCCGAUACAUUUUGAAACCAUUUCAGAAUCAAUCGCGAUACCGAAAUAAUAACUACAUAGCAUCACUGUGAAUAUCUCUGCAUUUAUUUCACCAUCAACAUUUAAAUUUGUUCAAGAAGUGACCUUCUUCUGCUCUGAGACACAGGUGACUAAAUAACCGGAAUAUUCUAUAUGCCAAUUUUCAGGAAAAUAUAUUGUUUUGCUGCUGGCAAGAAGUAUGAUAUAGCAAAUCUUAGUGGACAAUUCACAUCUGUCGGAACAAUGGACCAAUUACUUAAAAUUAUUUUCCUUUUCCUGAGUAUCGCAUCUUCGUUGGCACAAGAAGACGGUGCUGUAUGUGCGACCAACCCUUGCAAUGGGAUUGGAGAUACGUGUUACGAACGUCCUGGGGGACAACCAAACUACGCAUGCUCGUGUUUGCAAACAACAUAUAUGGGGUUCGCCUGCAGUGAGCAAAACGUUGCAAUUGAAGAAACUGAACGGUGUUUUGGAUGGCCACGAGAAUGUACCACAUUUGUGUUUUCGUCACCCAACUACCCGAACCCUUACCCAAACGAUUACCAUAAGUUAUACCAGCUUUACAUACCCUACGCUACUGAAAUCGUACUGACAUUUGCAGCGGGGUUUCAGGUAGAGGCCACUAAAGAUGAAUUAUACGUAGGCAAGGGACUAUCGUUUCCAAGUGAUCUAUCAUUCGUUACUAUUCCCGGUGUUCAAUAUGCCUUUGAUAAUAAUAACCUACCGCCUGGCACUCUAUCAAUUGCUACUGAUACCGUGUGGAUUUACUUUCUUACUGAUAAGAACACCAAUUUCAACGGUUGGCAAGUAUCAUGGACCGCAGUUUUAGACCCUUGCCAUUGGGACCCGUGUAUGAAUGGAGGAACUUGUGUCGUAAACGCUGUCGAAAACACAUACACAUGUCAAUGUACAAGUUGCUACCUAGAUGACAGGUGUCAAACAGCUGUGGACAGAUGUGAUGCUAGUCCAUGUCAGAAUGGGGCUACAUGUGUCAUGACUGCCGACUGCCAAGCCUUAACUUGCACUUGCCCGGAAUGUUGGACAGGAGCAAUAUGCCAAGAACGUGUGAAUCAGUGUGCUGCAUUACCUUGUCAGAAUGGAGGAGCCUGUAUUCCGCUUGGAGUCGGAUGUGUUGAUUACACUUGUCAAUGUAACUCCUGUUAUACGGGGCAAAACUGUAUGACAGCAAUUGACUUGUGUGCAACAAGUACCAACUGUCUAAAUGGAGCGACGUGCCAGAUGUUAAACGACUGUAGCGACACGACUUGCCUGUGUGCUGGCUGCUACACUGGGCCCACUUGCUCUAUCUUGUUGAACCCUUGCAAUAGCUUUCCUUGCCAAAAUGGAGGGAACUGCUCACCUGACACCUGUACUGAUUACACAUGUACCUGCCAAGGUUGCUUCUCUGGUGAUAAUUGCCAAACACUCCUUGAUCCAUGUAGCACAUCCCCGUGUGUAAAUGGAGUGUGCCUGGCUGACGACACAAACCCCUGCACUCAGUAUACCUGCAGAUGUAAUUUUUGCUAUGAAGGUCUCAAUUGUGACAUUGCUAUGGAUCCUUGUAGUAGCAGUCCAUGUCAGAAUGCCGGGACGUGCUCCAUCAGCCCCACAUUUUGUCUUUCCUAUGUUUGUACAUGUGACUCGUGUCACUUUGGGCCAGAAUGUCAGUACACUGUUGACCAAUGUCAGGACAAUCAGUGCCAAAAUGGUGGAACGUGUGUACGUACUGCAAACUCCUGCGUCGACUACACUUGUCAGUGUACCUCGUGUUAUUCCGGUGCUAUGUGUGAAACACGUAUAGACGUAUGUAAUUCUUCGCCAUGUAACAACUUUGGUGUUUGCACCUCAAGCGGGGACUGCACAUCAUACACUUGCGCAUGUCAAAACUGUUACUCAGGCCCAACCUGUCUUACAUUGCUUGAUCCUUGUGGCAGUGUAAAUUGCCAGAAUGGUGGUACCUGCAGCCAACUCUCCUGCACAGCUUAUCAAUGCAUCUGUGUUGGAUGUUAUAGUGGAACCAAUUGUGAAACAUUGCUUGAUCCUUGCAGUACUAAUCCGUGCCUAAAUGGGGGCACCUGCCAACAGAGGGCGGGCUCAUGCACUGAGUAUGACUGUGUCUGCUCUAGUUGUUACAUGGGACAGCUUUGUGAACAAUUUAUUGAUCCUUGCAUCCCCAACCCAUGCCAGUCCGGCGGACAGUGCGCAAUUGUGUCAGGAACUUGUGACCAGACCGUGUGUCAGUGUAGUGGAUGCUAUACUGGGGAAAGCUGUGAAACAUUGCAAGAGCCAUGCAGUCCAAACCCCUGCAAGAACAGUGGCAUUUGCAUACAGGACAGCUGUACAUCUCACACUUGUAACUGUCAAUCAUGUUUCACUGGACCAACAUGUGAAGACUUUGUUGAUCCAUGUUCUGUUGGUCCGUGUCUGAAUGGCGGGACGUGUAGUGCCGCGUCCGGAUCAUGUACCAUAUAUACAUGCCAGUGCCAAGGCUGCUACACGGGAGCAAGCUGUCAAAUUUUUGAAGAUCCUUGUGGUAAUCAUCUGUGUCAAAAUGGUGCCACAUGUAUGCCGUUGCCAGGCUCUUGCUCUCAAUACACAUGCCAAUGUUCAGGAUGCUAUACUGGAGAUUUCUGUCAAAACUUGAAUAAUCCAUGCCUAUCAUAUCCAUGCCGAUUCGGUGGAACUUGUACUCAGAAUGUAACUUCAUGUGCUGAAUUUGAGUGUGCGUGCUUAGGCUGUUACACCGGACCUACCUGUACAACAUUACUAGACCCUUGUUCACCUAACCCAUGUGAGAAUGGAGCAUUCUGCUUAGCAACAUCAUGUACAGAGUAUACCUGUAGUUGUACUGGUUGCUAUGAAGGGGACACCUGUGGAACAGCAAUUGAUCAGUGCUCUCCCAACCAAUGUUUGAAUGGAGGUGUCUGUGAGAAGGUGUCUGGUUCGUGUACUGCUUUCACCUGCACAUGUACCGGAUGCUACUCCGGGAGCUUCUGUCAAUUUCAGUUGAACCAGUGUUCGCCAAACCCUUGCCUGAAUCAAGGCAUUUGCUCAAACUCAUUGACAAACUGCAAUGAGUUUGACUGCACUUGUCCUGGAUGUUAUGCAGGCCAGUAUUGUCAGCUCCUGAUUAAUCCAUGCGGUGACUUUCCUUGUCGCAAUGGAGGGCAGUGCACACAAUCUCCCACAAACUGUACCGACUACACAUGUACUUGUUCAGGAUGUUUUACAGGCCCUACCUGUGAAAUAUUACAAGAUCCGUGUUCUGGUUCACCUUGUCAAAAUGAGGGCAUCUGUUAUGGAGUUGGAACAUCUUGUACUGAAUACCAAUGCUCAUGCUCAUCCUGUUACUAUGGUAACAACUGUGAAACAUUGAGGAAUCCAUGUCUUGAUAAUGGGAACCCAUGUCUGAAUAACGCUGUCUGUGUUGUGGUUCCUCUCUCUUGUACCGAAUACACUUGCAGUUGUCAAGGCUGUUAUGAUGGACCAUUCUGUGAAAAUUUACUUGCUCCCUGUUCCCCAAAUCCUUGUAAUAACAAUGGUGUCUGCACACAGACUAGUUGCACAGAAUUUACCUGUGCUUGUGAAGGAUGCUGGGAAGGCGAUACAUGUAGUGAAUUGAGCAACCCGUGUAAUCCUGUCCCCUGUAUGAAUAAUGGAGCGUGCGUGGCCUCAUCAACGUCCUGCACAGAGUACACCUGCCAAUGUCCACUGUGUUUCACAGGAGUCUUGUGUGAAACUCCUGUGAGUUCAUGUGAUAAUAGUCCUUGUGGUAAUGGUGGUGUUUGCACCCCUAUAGCUGGCUCCUGUACCUCUUAUACUUGUCAGUGUCAGAAUUGUUACAGUGGAUUCAAUUGUGAAGUUUUGGCAGACCCAUGCGAGAACAACCCAUGUUUGAAUGGCGGCACAUGUCAGCAACGACAAGGCUCAUGUACAGAGUAUGAUUGUGUAUGUGCUGGCUGCUAUACUGGAACCAUAUGUGAAACAUUGCAAAAUCCAUGUGGCUCAUUUCCAUGUUUAUUUGCUGGUGUCUGUAGCCAAGUACCGGGCACAUGUGACAUGUACCAAUGUGCCUGUCAGAAUUGUUACCAAGGCGACAAUUGUGCUGUGUUUCUUGACCAGUGCAAUCCAAACCCUUGUCUGAAUGGUGGUUUUUGUAGUCGUAAUCCGGGGUCGUGUACUGAGUACUCAUGUCAGUGUCAGUCAUGCUACAGCGGUGACAACUGCGAAACUAGAAAAGACCAGUGUGCCGGGAACCCAUGCCUGAAUGGGGGCACAUGUUCUCCCGUGGCGAACUCCUGCGUCAACUAUGUCUGUCAGUGCCCACUGUGUUACAUUGGAAAUACUUGUAAUGUGUUUUUGGAUCAAUGCAGUGUAAACCAGUGUGUAAACGGAGCAGUGUGUGAGAGGACACCUGGGUCAUGUGAUGCAUACACCUGUAUUUGCCAAGGGUGUUAUUCUGGACCUUUCUGCUCUAUCUUGCAAGAUCCGUGUGCAGUUAACCCCUGUUUGAAUAACGGUGUGUGUUCGGCUACGUCUUGUACUGACUUUCAGUGUACUUGUGCUGGUUGCUACACAGGAUUAACCUGCUCCACAUUGCCCGACCCAUGCCAGAGUGGCCCGUGUCUGAAUGGUGCCAACUGCGCCAUUAAAAGUAAUUCCUGCAACGAGUAUGAGUGCAUCUGCCAAGGUUGCUUCACAGGUUCCAACUGUGAGAUAGCCAUUGAUCCGUGCAAUGUUGCCCCGUGUGGAAAUGGCGGAACGUGUUUGAGGGUUCCAGGAUCAUGCACAAGUUACACGUGCCUAUGUGUUGGAUGUUACACAUCAACCAAUUGCCAAACAUUGCUAGACCCAUGUGCCAACAACCCUUGUGAAAAUGGCGGAACAUGUUCACAGCUGAGCUGUUUCUCAUUCUCCUGCUCAUGUCCAUCCUGCUACGAGGGUGCCACAUGUGAAAACAGAAUCAACCAAUGUUUGGUGAACCCUUGUCAAAAUGGAGGCAUCUGUCAGGCGACGGCAGGGUCAUGUGUUGACCUCACUUGUCAGUGCCCAGGAUGUUACAGCGGACAAUUUUGUGAAAAUUUUAAUGAUCCUUGUACAUCAGGACCUUGCUCCGGUGCUGGAGAAUGCCGUGCCAUUCCCGGAGACUGCACUCAGUACACAUGCGACUGUGACCCGUGUGCAACUGGGCCCAACUGUGCUCUUAGUGUUGACCUUUGCUCUAGUAAUAACCUCUGUCAGAAUGGCGGUGUGUGUACCAUGACAACGGACUGUCAAUCAAUCACAUGUGCAUGUCCACAAUGCUUUGUUGGGGAUUUCUGUGAAACAGCCCGUGAUCUAUGUACCGAAAACACACCUUGUAUGAAUAGUGGAACGUGUGUGAAUGAGUGUCCCAAUACUAGAUGUCUCUGCGGUAUCUGCUACACUGGUUCAGUCUGUGAAACUCCCAUUGAUGCUUGCCAGAAUAAUCCAUGUGAAAAUGGUGGGAUGUGUACCAAUAACUGUAAUUCCUACACCUGCUCAUGUCAAGGAUGUUUCACUGGAGUCAACUGUGAAAUCCCUGUGAAUCCUUGUGCCAAUGACCCCUGUGUAAAUAAUGGAGUGUGCCUGAUAAGUCAGGACUGCCAGACUUACACUUGUAGAUGUUCUGGGUGUUAUGAAGGAGAACACUGUCAAAUUGCAACUGACCCCUGCCGUUCGAACCCAUGUCAAAACUCUGGACUAUGCUUCAGUCUGUCAUGUAGUGCUACAGGAGGUUUAUACUUCUGUGCCUGUCCAGCAAGUGGUUGCUUCAGUGGUACAUUUUGUGAAGUAGCCAUUGAUGCUUGCCAGAAUAAUCCAUGUGAAAAUGGUGGGAUGUGUACCAAUAACUGUAAUUCCUACACCUGCUCAUGUCAAGGAUGUUUCACUGGAGUCAACUGUGAAAUCCGUGUUGACCUUUGCUCUAGUAAUAACCUCUGUCAGAACGGUGGUGUGUGCACCAUGACAACGGACUGUCAAUCAAUCACAUGUGCAUGUCCACAAUGCUUUGUUGGUGAUUUCUGUGAAACAGCCCGUGAUCUAUGUACCGAAAACACACCUUGUAUGAAUAAUGGAACAUGUGUGAAUGAGUGUCCCAAUACUAGAUGUCUCUGCGGUAUCUGCUACACUGGUUCAGUCUGUGAAACUCCCAUUGAUGCUUGCCAGAAUAAUCCAUGUGAAAAUGGUGGGAUGUGUACCAAUAACUGUAAUUCCUACACCUGCUCAUGUCAAAGAUGUUUCGCUGGAGUCAACUGUGAAAUCCCUGUGAAUCCUUGUGCCAAUGACCCCUGUGUAAAUGAUGGAGUGUGCCUGAUAAGUGAUGACUGCCAGACUUACACUUGUAGAUGUUCUGGGUGUUAUGAAGGAGAACACUGUCAAAUUGUUCAAGAUCCAUGUCUGUCAAUGCCAUGUUUAGGAGGAGGAACCUGCUCCACCUCUCUUGUCUCCUGCCAGGCAUAUCAGUGUGAGUGCCCAGCCUGCCACAGUGGGGAUAGAUGUGAAGUUGUACAAAAUCCUUGUGCCUUUCCAUUUUGUCAAAAUGGUGGCACUUGUGAACGUGUACCAGACACAUGUGACCGAAUCAGAUGUUCCUGCCCUGCGUGCUAUGAAGGACCGUUUUGCGAGAAACGAAUUGAUCCAUGCGAGACUUUUCCGUGCAUGAAUGGAGGAACGUGUAUAGUUGUGGACACAUGUGUAGAAUAUAACUGCACAUGUACAGGUUGUUAUAGUGGCUUCAAUUGUGCUACAUUGUUGGAUCCUUGUGACUCGUCCCCUUGUAGCAAUGGAGCAUUCUGUCAACGUGUUGGCACUUCCUGCACUGAGUACAGCUGCACUUGUGUUGGAUGCUAUGCAGGACCAACAUGCGACAUAUUGCUUGACCCUUGCUCCCCUAACCCAUGUUUCUAUGGCGGAGUUUGUAACCCAGAUGGAUGUACCCAGUACACAUGCUCUUGCCCUGCCUGUUACGAAGGUGAUCGAUGCGAAACAAUUAUCUCGUUGUGUACAACACAAGACUUUUGUCAAAAUGGUGGCAUUUGCCUGCAGGAUGCAGGCUGUCUCCUCACAAGUUGUCUUUGCAGUGAGUGCUUUACAGGCCGCUACUGUGAUAAAGUGAAAAACCUGUGUAGUGACGACAUGUGUCAAAAUGGCGGAAUCUGUCAGAGUAAUUGUCCGAACGUGACAUGCAGCUGUGGGUCCUGCUAUACUGGAGCUGAUUGCUCGAUUCGUGUGAAUUCAUGUGGAACAAAUUCUUGUCUUAAUGGCGGUACAUGCACAGACUUCUGCACACAUCACACGUGUGCUUGUACCUCUUGUUGGAGUGGACAAAAUUGCGAAACACCCAUCGAUCCAUGUGAGAACAACCCUUGUGUUAAUGAAGGCGUAUGUGUGAAAUCAAACGACUGUUUAAGCUUCAUCUGCCAGUGUCAAGCGUGUUUUGGGGGAACUAACUGCCAACUACAGUUAAAUCCUUGUCAGCCGGAUCCAUGUCAGAAUAACGGGUUGUGCGAGGCAGUUGCUAAUUCAUGCACAGAAUCCCAAUGUUUCUGUCCUCAGUGCUAUACUGGAGAAUUCUGUCAAACAGAGCUGGACCCAUGCUCAUCAAGCCCAUGCACAAAUGGUGGCGUAUGCAUUGCUGAGUCGUGUUUGGAAUAUCGCUGUGAAUGCAUUCAGUGCUUCAUUGGUCUUGUCUGCCAAACUGAAAUCAACCCAUGUGAAACCGCUCCCUGUUUGAAUGGAGGGACGUGUGUGUCCAAUAAUGCCCUGGAUUGCUACGCAUUCAAUUGCGUUUGCCCCGACUGCUACACCGGUGGUCUCUGUGACAUACGCAUUGAUCAGUGUGAUCCUAACCCAUGUCAAAAUGGAGGUGCAUGUUACCAGCUGCAGGAUUCCUGUACAAGGUACACCUGUCAAUGUACUGGAUGCUUCACUGGAGACACCUGUACUAUACCUAUCAACCCUUGUGAUCAAGACCCCUGUGAGAAUGGUGGUGUGUGCCAGCCGGCUUUGGGUGACUGUACGAUGUUCCAGUGUUUCUGUGAGAACUGCUACACCGGUGAUACUUGCAACAUCCUGCAAGACCCUUGCUUCACCAAUCCCUGUCAGUCAGGGGGUACGUGCAUACCGACAUCUUGUACCACUCACACCUGCUCUUGUCCCCCUUGCUACACCGGAGUUAGCUGUGAACAGAGGAUUGAGCUGUGUACCACUAACAACCUGUGUCAGAAUACUGGUGUGUGUACUCAGAAUGCAUUGUGUAACCAAAUUACUUGUACCUGUGGAGCCUGUAGUACUGGGACUUACUGUGAAGAAGUGGUGGAUGUAUGCGCCUCUGAUUCCUGCAAGAAUGGUGGUCUUUGUAUUAGUGAUUGUCCGAACUUCUCGUGCGAAUGCCAACCGUGCUGGGGAGGCCCAACCUGCGAGACACCUGUUGAUGUGUGCUCCAGUAACCCGUGCCAGGCAGGUGGUACCUGCACCAACUAUUGCUCCUUCUAUGUGUGUAGUUGCCCACCGUGCUAUGAAGGGCUCAGCUGUGAAAACUAUGUUGGAGGCUGUGCCAACGACCCUUGUCUGAAUGGUGGAGGGUGUGUAACAUCUUUGGAGAUGUGUGAAUCUUUCACAUGUGCGUGUGUCGGAUGCUGGCAAGGACCCAACUGCAACAUCUUACAAGACCCAUGCUCAGGCUUUCCUUGUAAGAAUGGUGCGACCUGCUCCUCCCUCGGUGGAUCUUGUACCGAGUUCCAGUGUGUGUGUGCUGGCUGUUGGCAAGGAGACACCUGUGAAGAAUAUUCUCGGCCUUGUGAACCCAACCCAUGUCAGAACCAGGCAGUGUGUGUGCCGUCAUCAACCGAAUGCAAUGGAUUCCGUUGCGUCUGUGCUGGAUGCUACACUGGAGAACUCUGCAACACAUUGUUAAACCCCUGUGCGAACAGCCCUUGUACAAAUGGAGCUAUUUGCUUUCAAAAGGACAACACUUGUGAUGAAAUACUUUGCAAUUGCCAAGGAUGUUUUACUGGAAUAUUCUGUGAACAAGCCAUUGAUGCUUGUGCUAGUGACCCAUGUCAAAAUGGUGGCACUUGCCAACAAGUUGUAGGAGGUGGUUGCCAUGACUACAUCUGCACAUGCUCAGAUUGCUUCACAGGAGAAUUCUGUACAAUACCAAAGAAUCCAUGUGAAAAUUCACCUUGCCAAAAUAAUGGUCAGUGCCGUCCAGUUGUUGGUGGUCAAUGUGAUCAGUUCUUGUGUAACUGUGUUGGUUGUUGGAGUGGAGUCACAUGUACUUUGCCUAUUGAUCCAUGCAGCAGUAACCCCUGCGCCAAUAAUGGAGUAUGUAGUUCCAUUAUCCAGUUGGAUAUGUGCUCUACGUACGAGUGCCAGUGUGUCGAAUGCUACACAGGGAUCAUGUGUCAGGAUGUCAUCAAUCCUUGCGGAAGUAAUCCAUGUACAAAUGGCGGAACUUGUUUGGUGACCACUGUGGACCCCUGUAUGAGCAACCCAUGCAACAAUGGAGGAACAUGUACGCAAGUGUCUAGUACGGCUCCUGGAACAUGCUCAUCGUAUCAAUGUCAGUGCACUCAAUGUUACACCGGAACCCACUGUCAAACACUUGUUAAUCCGUGUGCGGUGAAUCCGUGUCAAAAUGGCGGUACAUGCGCAGUUUCUUCUGAUAAUUGCAGUCAGUUCAUUUGCGUCUGCCCAACAUGCUACGCUGGUGAUACUUGCGCUGUCUCAAUUGAUCCAUGUGCCAGCUCACCUUGUGUCAAUGGUGGUGUGUGCUUUAUCCAGGGUAACACAUGUGGUUCUUACUUCUGUCAAUGUCCUGAUUGUUGGGAAGGGGAUCAGUGUCAGACAGUUGUCAACCCAUGCCAGAAUUCUGGGUGCGAAAAUGGAGCCCAGUGCCUGUCAGUGCCAGGAAACUGCCAAGCUUACUCCUGUCAGUGUGCCGGAUGCUGGACUGGGAUCUUCUGUAAUGAAGCCAUUGAUCCAUGUUCGUCUAAUCCAUGUGUUAAUGGUGGAACUUGCAUGCAGUCUGCCACCAAUUGCCAAGCAUAUACUUGCCAAUGUCCAGGGUGUUACACUGGUAGCAACUGUGAGCAAGCUGUUGAUCCAUGUUCCCCAUCCCCUUGCUCUGGCAAUGGUGUAUGUUCUCCCGUUCCCGGAUCUUGCUUGGCAUAUUCCUGCUCCUGUUCUGGAUGUUAUUCUGGAUCUGAAUGUCUUACACUACAAGAUCCUUGUAAUUCUUCCCCAUGUCUGAAUGGAGCGGUCUGCACGUCAAAUGCACUCACUGGUGAUUGUGUCAACUACCAAUGUCAAUGCUCAGGUUGCUGGACUGGUCUAAACUGUCAAACAGCAUUUAAUGGUUGUGAUGUGAAUCCCUGUCAAAAUGGUGGCAUUUGCCAAGCUGUCGGUAACUCCUGUUCAGAUGUUAUGUGCACUUGUCCAGCAUGCUACACAGGCCAGUUCUGUGAACAAGCUGUUAAUCCUUGCCUCAAUAAUAACUGUGUCAAUGGUGCAGCGUGUAGCCCGGUCCCAGGGUCGUGUAGCUCUUACACAUGUAGUUGUACUAGAUGCUAUACUGGCAACUUCUGUGAAAUUGAUGCAAGUUCAUGUUUAGGUUCCCCAUGCCUAAAUGGAGGAACCUGUUUUCAAGGGUCAGGGUCAUGUAACAGUCAUUUUUGUCAGUGCAGUGCAUGCUGGGAAGGCAGUUCAUGUGAACAACCGAUUCAGCCUUGUUCUAGUUCUCCCUGUGCAAAUGGUGGUGUAUGUUCCGUUGUUGGCCUAUGUUCUGGUUUUACUUGCUCAUGCCCAGCAUGUUAUACAGGGCAGAAAUGUGAAACAUUGAUGCAACCUUGUUCAAGCUCCCCUUGUUUAAAUGGUGGUACAUGUUCAGAUGUUAGUGACUGUUCUGCCUUUACUUGUUCAUGUCCUGCAUGCUACACAGGGUCACUGUGUGAAAUAUUUACUGAUCCAUGUUCAUCCAAUCCUUGUACAAAUGGAGGAGUUUGCUCAUCUGCAGGUGAUAGCUGCUCUGCAUAUACAUGUGCAUGCAGCGCCUGUUUUAUGGGAGACAGAUGUGAAAUAGCUACACAAGGUUGCAGCCCUGACCCUUGUCAAAAUGGUGGAACCUGUUUUGAGAGCGGCAAUGGAUGUGGUGACUUCUCUUGUCAAUGUCGAGAUUGCUAUGAUGGAAAUACCUGCGAGAUAGAUACCAACUCAUGCAUGAGUAAUCCUUGUCAGAAUGGCGGCCAAUGCUAUCCUGCUAUUGGGGACUGUAACUACUUUGUUUGUCAAUGUACAGCCAACUGCUUCUCUGGAACCUUCUGUGAAAUUAGUUCGGAUGUUUGUGCUGUAAGUCCGUGUAUGAAUGGUGGCGUAUGUAAUGUAGACCCUGUCAACUGUCAAGCAUACACAUGUCAAUGUCCACAGUGCUAUGAUGGAGCAAACUGCCAGACAAAUAUAAACCCGUGUCAGAGUAACCCGUGCUUGAAUGGCGGUGAGUGCAUGCCGAGUGACUCCUGCCAGGGGUACUCAUGUACCUGUCCCACAUGUUACAGUGGAAAUCAGUGUCUAACAUUUUCAGAUCCUUGCGGACCAGUGAAUCCAUGCUUGGGUGGUGGUACAUGUUCCCUGGAUUCCACAUCCAACACCUGUACCUACAUCUGCACUUGCCCUGUAUGCAAAUCUGGAAGUAACUGUGAAUUGGACAUCAAUGCGUGUGCAGCAACGCCGUGUCAGAAUGGAGCGAUUUGCAUGCAAGGAAACACGUGUGACGAUUACCAGUGCGUUUGCUCAGAAUGCUGGGCAGGAAGCAAUUGUGACAUACUCAUUGACAAUUGUGCCUCAUCACCUUGCCAAAAUGGAGGUCUCUGUAUGAAUGGUUGUCCAAUUACUGAAGAUUUUACCUGUAGUUGCUCAGAUUGUUGGGGAGGAGAGUUUUGCACUGAAGAAAUCAAUGCUUGUAAUGGCAAUCCAUGUAUUAAUGGUGGAACCUGCUCCAAUUUCUGCUCCUUUUACAUGUGUACCUGUGCCAUUGGCUACUCUGGAGAUAACUGCCAAAAUUAUAUCUGUGAUAAUAAUCCUUGUGCCAGUGGGACAUGUAUGCCAACGACCAGCUCGUUCAUCUGUGAAUGUGACUCAUGUCACUCUGGACAAUUCUGUCAAGAUGAUGUGGUGGCGUGUAACAGUCUGAGCUGCCAGAAUGGUGGUCAAUGUCUUGAAUUUUGCACUCACUUUACCUGUAAUUGUACUGAAAACUAUGAUGGUCCCAGUUGUGAAUUUGACAAGAAUGCUUGUUUAAGUGGACCAUGUGUUAAUGGUGGGACAUGCGUUAAUCAGGGAAGUAAUAGUUACACCUGCACUUGCCCACCUGAAUACACUGGUAACACCUGUGCUGACUUGGUGGCAACUUGUACGGCAAAUACUUGUAAGAAUGAUGGUGAUUGUAUAUCGUUCCCUAACGGCUUCAUCUGUCUUUGCAAGGGCCAGUGGACAGGAACCAACUGUGAUAUACGGAGACCAUGUGUAGAAAACUAUACUAUCCCGACUGAUGACUCCCUUGUCAUCCAAUCUAAUAAUUACCCGGAGAACUACAACAACGGAGACAACUGUCUUUGGAUCAUCUCAGUCGCAGCUGGUCGCAGAAUCCGUGUGUUGUUUGAUGACUUCUCGACAGAGACCCAGUAUGAUUGGUUAGAAGCUGGUAAUGGUGACAACCCAGCCGACAUGUCAAGUAGAAUUAUUCGACACUCGGGGCCAGAUCUGCCAAGCAAUUUUAUAUCGACAGACAAUAAAGUUUAUAUUCAGUUUAUAGCCGAUGAUGACAAAACAGAAAAAGGAUUCCAAAUUACGCUGCAGGAUGAUGAGUUACCAAACACUAGGCCAUGUAAUAGUCUGCCGUGCCAGAAUGGAGGAACUUGUUAUGAUGUGAUUGAACGUUAUACAUGCACCUGUCCUUCAAACUUCAUUGGGACAAAUUGUCAAACCUCAAGUACCUGUAACCCCAACCCUUGUCAAAAUCUUGGUACGUGUACUCAGGAUCAGCAGGGUGGUGUCAUGUGUACUUGCAUAUCCGGCUUCAUUGGAGAUCGCUGUGAGACACCUGUUACCAAUGUAGAUUGCACGUCUUCUCCAUGUUACAAUGGAGGGACGUGUACACUAGUCUCUGACAACUCCAUCACAUGCCAGUGCAUGCCUGGGUUUAUGGGAACAUUCUGUGAAGAAGAUAUUGAUGAGUGUACGAGCAACCCAUGUCAGAAUGGAGGUACUUGUAUUAAUAGUGUAAAUCAAUUCUACUGCAGCUGUACAAAAGCUUUUCAAGGAGUUACUUGUCUAGAACCAAUUGUUUGUCGUGAGAACCCUUGUCUGAACGGAGGCACAUGUAUUGUAACAUCAAAUGAAGACUUCCUCUGUAAUUGUGUUGAGGGUUAUGAGGGAAAUAUCUGUCAAACUGAUCGUGAUGAGUGUGCCAGUAAUCCGUGCUUGAAUGGUGGCCAAUGCAUUAAUCAAAUCAACCGUUAUGUGUGUGUCUGUCUAAGUGAAUACACUGGAGAUAAGUGUUCAGAACCUGUUGGUAGCGUGUGUGAUAAUGCUCCAUGCCACAAUGGUGGAACAUGCCAGGCUUUUGCUUCUGGAACUGGCUAUAUCUGCUUUUGUCCUGCAGGGUUUGAAGGAACUCACUGUCUCACAGAUAUCAAUGAGUGUGCAAGUAAUCCGUGCGGAAAUAAUGGUUUCUGCGUUGACUCUGUUAAUCGUUUCUUUUGCUCCUGCUAUCCAGGAAUUGAUGGUGAUAGAUGUGAGAUUGAUUUCAAUGAAUGUGAUAGUAAUCCUUGUACUAAUGGUGGAACUUGUGAGAAUAAAGUUAGCUCGUACUUGUGCGUGUGUAGUGCUGGCUUCUCUGGAACCAACUGUCAAUUUGAUUUCAAUGAAUGUGAUAGUAAUCCUUGUACUAAUGGUGGAACUUGUGAGAAUAAAGUUAGAUCGUACUUGUGCGUGUGUAGUGCUGGCUUCUCUGGAACCAACUGUCAAUUUGCCCCAAAUAUGGAAUCAGCAGCAAACACCAGUGAUGAUGGCUCAUUCUUUGUAGAACCCUGGUGGAUAGGCAUUAUAGCUGGCCUUGCUGUAUUAAUUGUUGUCUUCCUUGUCAUCCUUGUAUGUACCAUCACUAAAAGUAAACCGCCGUUGGAUCCUGUUUUUCAUACAAUUCCAGAAAGCACAUACGAUCAAGAUCACGAGUCAGUUUUUAGUGUAGAGAAAAAAGGUACAUGAUCUGAAUUUCAUUUCUUAAGCUGAGCUCUGUCCACUGUUGUAUGCCCAUAUAUAGUCAUGAUGUGGCUAUAUAUGGGGAUGAUGUGAUGUCAUCAUGACCAUAUUUAGGUAUGUCACAUGUUUUUGAUAGUCUGGAUGGAUGGGCUUUAAUAUAUUCGGUGCUUUUUUCAGUCAGUGCAAAUUGUUCGUGUUUGAAGAUUAUCAAGUUUUAAAAUCAUUAAUUUUGUAAAAUGCAUUUAAAAAGGGGUUCAAUCAAAACAUUUGUGAAUAAAAAGAGGAUCAAACAGUUAAACUUAGCAGUUAAGAAAUUAAUAUUAUUAAUUAGUAGUAUUGUUAAUUAGUAAUAUUAUAGAUCAGUAAUCGGACAUCAAGGUAAGCAGUUAAAAAAAAAGUUUGGUUUUAUUUUUUUAAUAACCUCUUGUUUUUAUAAUGUAGACCUAAACAUAAAUUAAUUUAUAUCAAGUAUGUUUAUGUAUUUAAAAACGUAGUUUGACAGAGAAGAAAUAUUUGUAGAUGUUUCUUUGUACAGUAAUGUAUUUGUAUUUCUAAAUGUUUCUAAUCACAGUUUUUAUAUUAAUAUUUUAAUAUUAAAAUUAUUGUAAUUAAAAUUAAUAAAAUCAAGUAUUUAAAAUAUACAUUUUAUACAAUUUGAAUACUUACAUUAAUAUUUGCAUUGUUAUCAUUACUAUCAUUACGGUUUUCAUGUUUACUUAAAGUUUAUUCAAACCAGAACCACUGGUCUAUUUUGGAUGAUGUACAAUUUUAAGAUUGCAGAGUGGUGUAUCUAGGAGAUGAGUGGGUUUAACCGAACCCCCAAAUUAAUUGCAUCCCCAGUCUCACCACCACCCCAUAAACCCACCCCCAAAAAGAAAUCAUGCUGAAAUAGUUAAAAAUUACCCAAAAAUCACCUUAUUUUGCGAGCCUGUUUACCCCCUCAAGACUCUAAAAUGCACCACUGAGAUUGCAUCAGUCAUGGCUAAUGGAUAACAAGUUUCUUUGCAGUAAUUUAAGUUAAUCAUUGGUGUAUACUAUCUGAAGCUGGGUUUCUAGUAUUUGGCAAUUAACUUCAGUAAUAAUAAAAAAAUAAGAUUAACAUUCAAGCACUAAACUCUAAUUUAAUGUUCAUAAUAAAUAAGUAUUUAUACAAUUUGUUUAAGAAUACAAGAUCUCAAUUAUUUCCGGUGGAUUGCAAUACUUUUGUUCAGAAUGACUUAAAAGAAUAAGUCUUAGCAAUGGGUAUUAAACAAUUGACAAUUACUCUAUAAAAAUCAUGUUUUACUUAAUAUAAUAUUCAAAUUGUACUUAUUUAAGCAACAUACAUUUGCAUUUAAGCUUGUUAAGACAAUAUUAAAGAAUAUCAAAGUUCCUAGGAUUAGCUACAGCAAAAAAAAUUGUUAUAUAAGCUGCAUAACACUUAAAGUAGAAUGUAUUUUUACUUUAUUGAAUAUCUAAAAAUUUUUUUUUUGUUAAUUAAGGAAGCCAUAUUGGUAGGUUAUGGUUGUAUGGAAACUGAUCUGAACUGCUACACAACUUUAAUAGACCAUUUAUGUCAAUUUAUCUAAGCUGGAUCUAGCAUUUAUAGCAAUUCUGACUGAAAUGUUAUUUUGAUUAAUUAAUUAAUUUUCUGAUACUUACCCAGCCUUCGUAUAUAUUGAUACAUGAAUACAACACAUGUUUUAUGUAUGUUUUAUAAUGUUAAAUCAAUAUUUUGUAUAUUAAUAGAGGUGAUUAUAAGUUACCUCAAUCUGAAGAAAAAAGAAUAUUUUUCCAGAUUAUAUUUUACAACAAAAAGUA